AACCGUAGCGCGCUAGCGCAUCAAAAGUGAACAUGCUCCGUUGGGUGCAACAUUUUCGUUGGCGCUCGCUACGGUCGGGCUUAAAAUCGAAGCUUGCAAAACCCCCGUCAGAAGGGGACCGUCGCAUCGAGGACAACCAUUUGCCGAAUACAUUAUCGGGCAGCUGUCCCUGUCACGUGCGGCUAGCGAAGGAAGCGGAUAGCCCGGCCAUCGUGCAGUUUGUGCAGGCGAUCCUGCUGCACCACGAACCGCUCGUUCGGUCGCUCCACGUGUGUCGCUCCAGCGCGAGCGAGUCCGGACUGGCCGACUACAUACGGGUGCUGCUGCCGGACAGCUUCACGCUACUGGCAGUCAACCCCGUGCAGCCCGAACGGAUCGUGGGCGUUGCGAUUGGGCGGCGCAGCUGCCACUGGGACGGCAAGCGGCUGAUCGAGCGUGCGGAUCGAACGCGCUGUGACCAGCUUCGUAAGCUGCUUUACAUCUGGUCCAUCGUCGAGGCGGAACCGAACCUGCAUCAGCACUUUUGCACCCGCUGUCUGUUUGAGAUUGCAUUUCUCGCGACGGCCAUCGAUGCACAGCGCCGGGGCAUCGGGCUGCACCUGACGCAGCGUUCGGUCGCGCUGGCCCGGGACUUGGGAUUCCACUUCGUGCGGAUGAACUGCACCUGCGAGUACAGCUCGCGGGUGGCCACGAAAGCCGGCCUCGAGUGUCACUGGACGGUGCCGUACCAUCAUCUCGUGGACAGCACGGAGCAGCCGGUCGCGCUGCCGGACCCGCCCCACACGCAUAUCAAAGUGCACGCGAUGGCCCUGUUUCCCGACGCUGUCCAUUAAAUCCUCAUGCAGGUAAUUAAUGGCAUAAUUGCAUUUUUGCUUUCACCAUUCUGCCAACAUUGCGCACGUGUUCGGCAAGGCCUACUCCUCCAACCCCCCCCCGUUAUUGUAUAUGAGUGGGAGGGGGGUGUACUGUAAAAGCCAUUGAUAAUAAAACAACAUGGC